AUGCGAACUGAAGAAUGUACGAAAUUUUCAACUUUUGGGUCAUACUAUGAUAAUUCAUUUGCAUCUCAUGGUUUAGCCGGGAAAGAUCAAGAAGUGUUAGCAAUGGAAGGACUGGAGCAAACAGCGUACGUAACUCAAAUGGAUAAUAAGGAUUUAUGCAUCACAGAAUCCUCCAAGAAUGAGGGUAUUAAACUUAAGCGAAGCUAUGAAGAACGCGAGCAUACCGCCAGAUCCGCAAAAAGGGAUAGAAAAACAUCUGCUCAACCUGAGAUGCUAUAUCCUGUCCAAACACCGUCUAUUGCAUUUGCAGAGAGUGCUGCAAAUGAAGGCUUGGAGUCCGACGAAAUAUUACCGCCACUCGUUCAAUUGCAACAUGUCGACUUAUAUAGCUUAAACGACAGAUUCGAAUUAACCGCUGAGGAAUUGGAACAUAUUGCAAAUGUUGCACGUUUGGCUGAAGAAUCUUUUUUGGAAUUUCAGAAUUUAAAAUUGCAGCCUUUGCGAGGGCAGUCUAUAAGUGAAAAUCAAAAUGAGAUUAGAUUUGACCUCAACACUGAGGGAGGAAAAGAACAUUAUGACGAAGCAAACGCUGAUGACGGACAUUCGAUGAGCAAUCCAGUUAUGGAGUCUUGCGGUCUUGUAGUUCAAAGUUUACAUCCAGCAACUGAAAUGACAUACGCUGAAGUUCAGCAGUUCCACGGUUAUACAAACAGUUCAACGUUUGCUGAAAAAACUGCAACAAUAAAAUCCGUGAAAGAGUUGGAAAAACUAAGAAAUGCUGGAAAUGGGUACAGAGAGUUGGUGAAUCAGGAGAUCGUUAAACUUCAUAUUACUGAAUGUGGCAGUGGGGACUUUGAGAACUCAGGCCGAACAGGAAAAAGUUUGGACUUAUCUACUUCUGGACCUGAUGCAACCAUUUUGAGCAUAAGUGGAGUGCCCGGUGAAGUUGUAAGUGGCGUAAUAUUAACUGAUGAAUUUGUGGUAAAUGACCAGUUAGCAUUAUCAGGAGGAUCGAGUGAAAAGUCGUUUGCUCGUUCUUAUAUUCCACAAGUUAUGGGAAUUGGUUCACCGGCAGGUAUAGAUUAUUUCGGAGAAAAACAGCACAGAGAAAAUGGAUCUCGAUAUAUUAACGCGUUGGUAAAACAGGAACUCCCUAACCAACAAUCCAAUGCUGGUAUCCAGAAGUUUGCAUUUAAAUUAACUAUGGAAAACUUGGAGAACUCAAAAAUUGCUCACUCGGAUGAGUCACUCAAUCGUCCGCAAAAAGAAUUCGCAUUUGAAGGACCAUGGGAACAACGGGCGGAGCAAAGCGAACAACAUCGGGAACAAUCGAUUACCGACAAAUCUAUGAUAGAAUUCUUGAAGGAUGACUCCCAUGCUGGAAUGCGGAAAAACGAACAGUUGUUCAAAGAUGAUAUCGUUAAUUUUACGAGGAAAAGUUACAAGUGGAAUGAAAUGGUUGGGGGCGAAAGAGGCGCUGUGCUUAUCAAGAAGAAAUCAUAUCCACGAAUUCAACCUAUUGGAAAAGUUGAAUUUAGUUUAGAGCAUUCGAACCACUACCUCACUGAUGGAUUCAACGUCACUUCAACAGUAACCUAUACGGAUCAACUCUACAAAAAAAUGACGCACAGCCUUCGAUUUUCAGAAAAGAUGCCGCACCACAGAAGGGCUAAUUUCUGGAAAACGUUUAAUAACGAGGAAGAAUAUUCCGCAAAAACGCAUAUUGCAGGUAUGAAGCCGUCAUUUACCCGAGCUUCUAGCGUUUUUGUAGUCUACACUGAUCAAAAUUUACUAGCUUCACAAUCUGGAAUACCGGGAAAAAUAGGAAAGAGUGACAGCGCUAAAAAAACACUGAGUCGUCGGGAUAAGUCAGAAUCAAAUGUGACAAGCAAGUUUGAGAAUUUAAGAGACAUCGGAAUUAAUCCCAUAGAACAUGGGGAUUCAAAUUUUGACGUAACUACAAUAGUACCGGUUUUACAAGAUAAAUGGAAGGGGUCUGGGGAGAUUUCCAGUCUUUCUGGAUCUCUGUUUUCACAUUCCAUGUUUACAAAAACGGAGAACGACGAAGACAAAGAAUCGUUAAAGCAUUGUUCAAAGUGGCUAUUGAAAAAUGAGGAACCUCGGGGGACUCACCAAAUGAAUGUAUUUGAACGCUGUGAGCGAGAAAGCAUUGCUGGUGAUGGAUCCAUGCUGCAUCAUGCAGACUGCUUAAUGGGACUCAAUUUUUUCGCAGAACGGAUAACAGAACAAGUCGCCGAACUCGCUGCUGUGGAGUUAGGAAAUCGUUUCAGAGCUGAGCUUAAUCCAAGGGCUAGGUAUUUUUUGCAAAUGCGCGCUGAUAUCGACAGCCAGGCAGAGUCAGCAUCUGUUACUCCUUCCGAAAGUGAUGAAGAAAUCGAAGGAAAGAUCACACUAGGUUUAACUGAAAAAGGAGAACCACACUUGGUAACGGUGCCAGAAUCCGGAUCUUCUCGAAGUUUAUCCUGGUUUCCUUUAUUUGGAGGAGGUACGGCUAAUGGAGAUGAUAGGCCACGUUCUCCGAUAUCAUUUCUUUGGCGAACAAGUUAUCGACAGAGCGAUGUUUCGAGUCGGAAAAGUUCUCCAGAUGGUAGAAAUGAAUUCAUGGGUUUGCUUCGAAGAACCUCUGGAGUUUCAAGCAGUGGCUCCGAUAUGAGAACAAAAUUGCCUGAUAGUGCAUUAGCAGGUCUUUCAAGUGAGGAACGUGAGCACAUCGGAAAAGUACUGAGUGCAGCGAAUCGACGAUCUCGAAGUACUCAUUCAACACCAACGGUUUCGAGAAGACAAUCUAUAUACAAGCUUCCGGAUAUGAAUGAUUUCGAAUUAUGCGAACGGACACAUAUCGAAGGUGUUAUUGAAAAAGCUGAAAAAGGAGCAUACCCAUUUGUUAUUAAAGUUACAAAAGCGGAUACUAUCAAAGAAGAUUCAGUGGAUACUUCUGAUAAAGAGAAAUUCGACAGCACUGUUAAUCAAACAACAAAUAACACGAAUGAGCCUAAAGAGUCAGCGGAUGGCAAAUCAAGAGUUUUACUGGAGACACCGUUAGGAAGCACUUCUUUAUCUGUAAGAUUGGAUAAACAGCAAAAUGAGGAAAUUCUUGGAGAAGCAGUGCCGGAAACCAGUAUAAUGAAAUUGGAACAGGAAUCGAGUUUGGAUGCAAAAACUGAUCUCCAGAGAAGUAGGAAAAGUGAGGAAGUUAGUUGUGAAAUUUCAGAUGCAGAAAUGGAACAUAUUCGAAAAGUCGAAGAAGCAGCUAUGAUGAUGGGGGCUGACAUCCAAUGGAUAAAUCGGCCCAGCAACGGCCAGAAAGUUGUUAGAAAUCUACAGAAUGCUACAGCUGUCUAUUCAUUAAUAGAAUCGAAAGUAGCAGAGGAAUUAAAUACGUCGGAGAGUUCCAACAUGAAUUGGAAAUUAGAGCCAAAUAGGAAAGAUGUUCUAACCACGACGGUUUUUGCUGAAAAGAUGGAACCGGGAAAGAAAUUACAUGCAAAAGGAAUGAUUUAUGAAACAAGCGAAGAAAGAGUAGAAGAUUCGGUAACAAGUGAAGCUAACAGCAUGGGCGAUACAAACUCGCUACAGAAAGUACCAAGUUUGAAAUUAUUUGUAAUAAAAAAGGAUUCUUUUGAAGAAGAUUUCAGCAAAGCAAAGUCUGCUACCACAGGAAUUUUGCAGUAUUACGAGGGAUUAGAGAAGCUGAGUGUGGAGGAAGUAAUGCAUAACGAGGAGCUUGAAAGACGGAUGGACCAGCUCGAAAGAUUCGAGAAUCCUAUUUUGAGAGAAGUGAUGGAAACUAAGAUCGUCAACCUGGCCAAUGAAGAGUUGGCACAAAUCAGGCUGGUUAAUGAGCGGGCAAAAGAACUGGAAAAAUCAGACGAAUUCGACGUUUUUACAUCUGAAGAAACAGAGAAAUACAAAUAUCAAGAAAUGCAAGAUAUUUGUACGGUCGAAGAAAAGUUAGGGCAAACAAGAGUCGCUGGAGAACGGACAAAGAAACUGCCCAAGUACAACUUGUUGCAAGCAAAUACUUUGGAGAAAGAGACGAACGAGAUAAAAUCAUUUGCUGGUUGGAGAGUAGAGGAAACAGCAAGUGAUGAGAAUCUAAGAGAAAACAAAGACACCUGUCUUCCUGAGGACAUUUUAAUAUGUACUGUUAAAGGAAAGGCGAAACAUUUAGAAGACAGUGGUAUCUCUGAGGGAAAAGAAGCGGAGAUAAUGCAAAAUCAGUCCAAAAAGAAUAUCACUUUGACUAAAGAGGAACUGAUGCAAAUACGAGCUGUAGAACAACAAGCAAGACAGGUAAAGGGGAUUUUCAUUUUUGAAGGACAAUCCACAAAAGAUUCACUUGAAAAAAGGAAGGAUUCAGACUUGACAACAAAUGGAAUGGCUAUUGAAGGAAAGCUUAAAAAUCAUCUAACUGAGGAAGAAUUGAAGCACAUCAAAGAAGUGGAGAAAAAUGCUAUUUGGCAACUUGAAAUGCCGCAAAUGGGACGAUUCAGUAUGAAAAACGAUACGAUAGCCGAAGUAAAUCAAGCGGAACUGCAGCAAAACGAUGUAACAUUGGAUGAAGCUGCUUUCAGCAAAUUUUCUAACGUGCUGAAUCCACUCAAGAACAGUGUAAUUACGACGCUGUACUUUAAAAAUAAUGUCGAUAAGACAAAACUUUCCCAGAACACUGCACCUGCAGAAGAUGUAUUCAAAGCAAAUAAGCAAACUCUGAAAGAACCAACAUUGGCGUAUCCUAAAAAUCAUACUUUCGAAACCGAUAUGCCAACAGCAAACGAAAUUAAUCAUACCUACAAUACUAAAGUUCUGGUAAUAACGAAGGAUUUAGCUUCAUUACAAACGGCUAAUGAAUAUCCUGAAAAUCAAGAUUCAGAAUGUAUAUCCUCAAGUGAUUCAUCAAAUUUUGGUCCGGGAACAUCAGAUGAAGAUGAAGAAUUAAAUCCAAACAAUGUGAAAUCGUUUGAUCUCUUUCCUGAAACAGUCCCUUCAACUGCGGAAUUUAAAGACGAUACUGGUUUUCCAAAAGUAAAAGGACCUUCAGCGAUGUCUGAUAGCAUCAAAAAUACGGACUUGCCGUUGCAAGUUAUACCAAGCCCCAUCGAUACGCAACAUUUGCCAAACAGCAGGACGAAAGUAUUCAGUCCACAAAGCAAACGGAUUUCGGGCAUGAACCCUUCAUCUUUCACAGAUGUAACACAAGCUUCUAUACAGUUAGAUGUAAAAGAAAAUGCUGCAGAUGAACAGACCGUUGACAGAUUUGCUGGGCUAACAAGGGAAGAAAUUGAACAUAUUAAAAUGGUUGAUCUUCAAUUCGAAAUUGAGAAUAUAAAAGAUGGAUCAAAAGUUUUCAUGCAUAAUGACGACGAUUCAGAAGUUGAAGAUUGUGCAAAUUUUAUAAAAGAAAUGAUUGUGGAUGCUAAGGAAUAUGAAUUACAAAAAAAAAGCGUCAAAACCAUCGAAAAUGAAAAGGACAUAAUACAAAAUACAAGUCAAAUACCGCUGAAGAGGUUUGCUGCGCAUGAUACGUUGUUAGAGCAAUCGGUUGAAAAGGACUUGACAGUUGAUCAACGAAGCAGGUCAUGGCAAAGUGCGCAUGUGGAACGAGAUAAUAAGGUGAAAUCAUUAGAGGAGCUUGGCCGCGAAGUAGACAUCGGAGAAUGGUAUGAAGAGCGUUUAAGUUCGCUGAGAAAUUCAUUAUGCGUUGAAGAAGCUGCUGAAACUCCAGGUUUCAAUUUAAAAUUGCAUAAUGUGACGACACAAAAGGCACUCUUGCGGUUUUCUGAAAUUUAA